AUGAAAUAAACUCUAGCUAUAAAUGAUAAUCCUGAUGAUUUUUACAAUUAAUGGUGGUCCUGCUGCUCCUUUCGUUGCAGCAGCUGCUGGUUCCACUCAAGACCUAUAGCUGAUAGUGUAGCUACUAAAGAUUCUAAUGCAGAUUUAGCACAUUAAUUUAACGUCUAAUACGCUGUUGGCAUUACAAUAGAUGAUACUUGA